AUGCCUAGACUCGUGCGGCGGAGACCGCUCUGGGAGCGCAUCACGUCUAUGCUGAAUCCCAUGGACUUCCUCCUAUGGCUUUCGGAAGAGCUGGAGACGAGGGACUGGGACUCGAAGCUGGCGGGCACACAGCUUGGUUUGGGCAUGAACUUUGCCUUUUUGCUGGCGCGCGCGAACUUCGGGUCAUCGUCUGAGUGGUCUGACAGCGACAUCUUUGGCGACGAUAUCAACCCUUCGUUGCUUUCUUACGUAACUUACCCCAUUGUCUGGGGCCUCGUGCUCUUCUCUUUCGCCAACGCGGCUUAUGCCUUGACGCGAACGCGAAAAUACCGACUUUUCGAAGCCAACAUCGAGCAAGCCCCGUCAACACCCUCGGCGCGACGAGUCCAGGUUCAAUCAUCUCCUAUGACGACAUCCUCGCCGCUUCAAUACCUCGCCGACAAAAUAACAUCGGGCUCUGCCGAGUCGCGAGCGCAUCCGGAUAAGAAACGAGAUGUGUGGGAACUCGCGGUAUGGGACCCUCUGCCCAUCUCCCUGAGACUGGUUUGCUUGUUCAGCCCGGGACACGUUUUGGCCUACCUCCUCUUUCUGCCGCUGGCGCCGCUGGAUCCUCAGCCCAGUGUAACUGUCUUCAACACGAUUCUCAUGCAGGUGGUGCUCUCUGGGCAGAUGCUUUUCCUCUCUUCGCGAUUUGCGCAGCAGGCAAAGGAUAACGCCAUCAUUCAAAAGGAAGUCAUGAACGAGUACAACACCAAGUUUGUUCAUCCUCGACUCAACCCCGUUGUCAGAGAUGUUGGUACCCAGGUUGCGGCCGAGCACUCUCCCAAGGGUCGUGGAUUUGUCCAAGUUGGCACACCGACAACACUGAUUAGGAAGUCCUAUGCGACGCGAGCUACCUCUUAUACCGAUUACAGCGAUACCAUGUCUGCUGGUCGCAGCAACAUAAUGAAGCCGCAGAUGUUCAGCUCAAAUGCCCCAGGCACGGCUCCCACUACAGCCCCAAUGCUAGCCUCAGCUGCGGCCACGGCUCCUAUACCACUCUCGGUUACGUCCGCAAACACUACCCCUUUUGGAGGCAACAUGGGCAUAUACAAUCACAACAAGUCACCUCUUAAGAAGACUAUCGGCCUUGGCACCUUUAACGAGCCAGCCUCGCCCCGAAACUCGCGAGAGAUGGCGGCGCUGGAGCAGCAGAGGCAGCCUACCAAGCACGCUGAUUCGUACCGGUCAGCGAGCGCUCUCAGCAGAAGCGUAUCGAACCCUUUUCAGGGGGGGACAAGAAAUAGGGGAACACAGCAAGACAGAUCGAUUAGGUGGUAG